UUGUAGUACAUCUGACGAUGUUUUCACUCAUGUAUGUUAUUGUUAUUGGGGUCAAGAGGUCUCUGGUAGUUUAUGUAAAACAAUUUAAUUAAACGGAUAAGUUUAUUUGGAGUUUGGUGAAAAAAAUCCCCCAACAAAAGACGACUGUGCUUGACCUAAAGAAAUCCAUUAAAAGACACUUCACAUUAAAGCAGCAACGGCAAAGAAGCAAAACGAAAAUCAGUUGGAAGUACGUGUGGAAAACUUAUUGGUUGCAAAACAUCGCGAACGGAAAGAUUCUGAAAAAUGAUGGAGAGCUCGUUAGUAAUUAUGGUAUAGUUAACAGAUCGGAACUAAGAUUUGUCAAACGGCUCGGGAAAGGUAAAGGUACCACUGAGCUUCACGAGACAUGUUAAUAGACAACUAUGUGGGGUCCAGGGUUCGAGAAAAGUCAGUGGUUUUUGGUGGCUGUGCUGGUUAACGUCAGUUUGCCAUUUUGUGCGCUUAGCGACACAGAAUCCUAUCCUUGGCUCGAACAAAUCACCCGUCAAGAAGAUCUCACCUUAGGCUGCGAUAACUUGGGCCUAACCCGCCUCAAACCCGACAUAUCGCAGCUGCACCACAUCCUGGUGGACCACACUCACAAACUCCUCUACUGCUACGUACCGAAAGUGGCUUGCACCAAUUGGAAACGCGUUAUGAUGGUUCUGACCGGCCAGUCAAACGCCACAAAUCUCGUUAAUAUUCCGGCCGAUUUGGCGCACGCAAAUAGUUCAACUGUCAGGUUGUCUGAAAUGACUAAGGCAGAAGCCAACCGAGUUUUGGGAGAGUACACCAUGUUUCUGAUUGCUAGACAUCCGUUCGAAAGGCUGCUCUCUGCUUAUAGGAAUAAGUUUGUCGAUAGCCUGCCCAGCUCUAAGUAUUUUCAGUCAAGGUAUGGUAAAUAUAUCUUAAAAAAGUACCGUCCAUCAGCCACACCCGAAGAGCUGGAAUCCGGCGUAAAUGUCACAUUUACCGAGUUUGUGAGUUUUUUAUUGAACGACGGGGUGGAUACGAACGAGCACUGGACUCCCAUAUACGAUCUGUGUUUGCCCUGCAGUUUAAAUUAUUCAUUUAUUGGUCACUACGAAACGCUCUCUCAAGACGCCAAAACGAUACUCGAUAUGGUAGAUGCCCCCAGUUUGGUUUUCCCGGUGACCAGAGCGGGACACACUAGGGACCGACUUCGGGAAUAUUUUCAGCAAUUGUCCAUUUUCAGUAUCGAACAUUUGUAUAAAAAAUAUUUGGCCGACUUUAAGUUGUUCGGUUACGGGUUGGAAGACUUAAUAGGAUACGAUUUAGCAUAGGAAUUUUCGGGUUUUAGUUAUUAAUGACGGAUUGUCAAUGCUUUUAUAAGUUGUUAAUGUUGAUUUUUGUUAUUUAGUUGUUGGUGGCUCAGUGACUUUUUGUAAUACAAAUUGUAUUUUUUUA